ACAGUAACUCCAAAUCAUCUUCGUUAAUAUUUCUAAUUUCCUCCGUUGUCUGAACUCGUUUACAAAGAUGUUGGGAGUCCGUGGAUGGAGGACGCUGCGGUACGCGGCGGCGAUGGUCGCCACCAAUGACCUUCGUUGGCUAUUGGGCAUCCGGACCCAAGGUCCGUUCGCAGCACUAGCCGGAGUUCUCCUGCUGGAGCGGCAUAAGUGGGAGGGAGGCUUUGAUGAGCAAUCCACCCGCCGAAUCCGGGCGGAGGCGCACUGCCCCCGUUGCUCUAAGCAUUUGGAAGUCCUCUUCUCCAAGUGGUUGCCAGAGCCGCAGGAGGAUCCGCCGCCCCCCGUUUCUGGCGAGUACAAGGCCGUGAAUCUCUGCCCCAAUUGCAAGUCGGCAUACUACUUCCGCCCCCACAGGUUGGUGCCACUCCAGGGAAGUUUCAUAGAGAUCGGUCGGCCGGGGAAAGACGGAUUCGGUGCGGCGGCGGAGGAUGAUGCCACGAGUAAAUUUAGGGUUUCGUGGAGUGGCUCGCUUAGAUCGGGUGAAUCGCCGGGGAGCUUGUCACUGCCCUCGGCUAUUCCGCCUGGGGAAAGUGGCUUGGCGGUGGUGGGACCAUCGGGUCGGCCAGGGUCGCCAUUCGUUGGCAAUGUGAACAUGGUGAGAAUGCCCGGCGGUGGGAAGGUGGGCGCUGAUGAGCAGAGUGUGGUUGGCAGUGGUUGGGGCGGCGCCAACUUGGGGAAGGACUUGCCAACGCCCAAAGAGAUACGUAAGGGGUUGGAUAAGUUCGUAAUCGGACAGGAAAGAGCAAAAAAGGUGCUCUCUGUCGCUGUUUACAACCAUUAUAAAAGAAUCUAUCUUGCAUCACUGGACAAAGGGCCUGGACCAGACUCAGAGAAACUUGAUCAUGUUUUCCAUGAUGAUGAUUGUGAUGUAGAGUUGGAGAAGAGCAAUGUACUAUUGAUGGGUCCAACUGGCUCUGGGAAGACGCUACUUGCCAAAACACUUGCUCGCUUUGUAAAUGUUCCAUUUGUUAUUGCUGAUGCAACAAAUUUGACUCAGGCAGGAUAUGUUGGUGAAGAUGUUGAGUCAAUAUUACAUAAAUUGCUAAUGGUUGCUGAGUUCAACGUACAAGCUGCUCAACAAGGCAUUGUGUACAUUGAUGAAGUUGAUAAAAUGGCAAAGAAGUCUGAGAGUCUUAAUAUUAGUCGAGAUGUUUCUGGUGAAGGUGUCCAGCAGGCAUUAUUGAAAAUGCUUGAAGGAACUACUGUCAAUGUUCCUGAGAAGUCAGCCAGGUUGCAUCCUCGUGGAGAGACUGUUUUGAUUGAUACAAAGGAUAUUCUUUUUAUAUGUGGUGGUGCGUUUGUUGGUUUGGAGAAGACUAUUUCUGAAAGACGAAAAGAUUCUUCAAUUGGUUUUGGAGCACCGGUUCGUGCAAAUAUGGCGAUAGGUGCACCAAUAAAUGCUGCAGUGACUUCAUCCUUGUUGGAAUCUGUUGAAAGUGGUGAUCUCAUUGCAUAUGGCCUCAUCCCAGAAUUUGUUGGCCGGUUUCCCAUAGUAGUCAGUUUGUCAGGGCUGACUAUGGACCAACUUGUUCAGGUCUUAACAGAGCCAAAAAAUGCUCUUUGUAAACAGUACAGAAAAAUGUUUGAUAUGAACAAUGUUAAGCUACACUAUUCAGAAAGAGCGCUAAGGCUGAUUGCAGCAAAGGCUAUGGUUAAAAGUACAGGUGCACGAGCUUUACGUGCAAUUUUAGAAAGUAUUUUGACGGAUGCAAUGUAUGAGAUCCCAGAUGCCAAGACAGGCAUUGAGCGUGUAGAUGCAGUGGUGGUGGAUGAAGAAGCUGUAGGCUCUGUUGACAAACCUGGCUGCGGAGCCAAAAUUCUACAUGGCGAUGGUGCGUUGGAAAGCUAUCUCCGCAUAUGCAGGAUGAAGGACGCCGAGGGAAAUGCUGAUAGGUUGGAAGGUGAAGUGGAAAACCGAUCGGAGGUUGCCUCUAGAGCCAUGAGAACGUAAAGCUUUUGUAAUAGGUACAAUUUUCAUUCUUUUUGUAACUACAAUGCUUCUUAGGAAUGAUAGUGUUUAAUGAGCAAUGACUUGUUUCAAUCCCUGAAACAUUGAGGGUUUGUUUUUGUCCUCAAUUCAUUAAGAAGAUGUGCAGUUAUUUUUAGAGCAAAAAAGAGUUGAAAGAGGAAGAUUAGAGUUGUGUUAUAAUUGUUGCUGUUCAGUGAAGAGAAAUUCCUUCAAAAUUAAGCUUCAAUAUGAACAUGAGAAGCAUUAUCUUUAAUAAAAUAAUGUCUAAACUUAA